CCCGGAUCUUCGGACUGCGCAUGCAACUAGUCUUCCUCCGGUGACUCGACAGUGGCUUGAGCAGAUGCGAUCUGAAUCCUUCCCUGCGGUUGGUCAAGGAAAUGUCUUUUGUGUCAAAGUGUUUUUCCAUGGCAAUUGCGAAAGGCGUCUCCCGUGACCUGAGCUUUACAGUUCCGUGGGGCCACAUCGCAGCCAGGGCCUGGGGUCAGCCCAGUGGGCGCCCAGUAUUAUGUCUGCACGGCUGGGCAGAUAAUGCCAACACUUUUGACCGACUCAUCCCUUUGCUUCCAGGAGGGUUUUAUUACGUGGCAUUGGAUUUUCCUGGUCAUGGCCUUUCCUCACACCGGUCGCCAGGAAUUCCCUAUUACUUCACGGAAUACAUCUCGGACGUGCGGCGGAUUGCAGACGCUUUGAACUGGAAUAAAUUCACCAUUUUAGGCCACAGCAUGGGGGGUAAUGUUGGAGGCUUGUUUUGUUCAGUAUUCCCAGACUUGGUCGAUAAACUGAUUGUGCUGGAUGGAUAUGGGUUUUAUCCAACUGCAAUUACCGCUACCCGGGACCGACUUCAGGCAGCGAUUGAUGAGCUUAUAAAGCUGGAGAAGGAGCAGGGUUCACCCCGUGUGUAUACGCCUGGUGGAGCACUAAAGAGGUUGCUGCAGGGAAAUCGGUCCAUUUCUGAGGAAAGUGGAAAGAUUCUGCUUCAGCGGGGAGCCACUGAGGUAUCUGGAGGUGUUGUCUUCAACCGCGAUUUGAGAAUUAAUCUGCACAAUCCUGUAAGGAUAACCAUCGAACAGUGUCUGGAGUUUCAGAAGAAUAUCACAGCAGCUGUCCUCCUCAUUUUCGCUAAGGACGGACUGUGUUCAGAAGAAGCAUGGAAUCCCAACAAGCCGCCAUUUAGUCUCUUACUGGAGGGAUACCGGACUCACCUGAAGGAGUUCCGAACGGAGAAAGUACAGGGAAGUCACCACGUCCAUUUGAAUGAGCCGGAACGAGUGGUGGGAAUCAUCGCCAAGUUUCUCCAGAUGGACGUCACAUCCAAAUUAUGAGGAUGGAAGAUGGGCAGCCUGUGCCUGGUCCAGCAUAGAGGAAGGAGCUCCUUCCCAGGACAGAAGGAAGCUCUCUCAACUCAACACUGGUAACAAGGUCAGAGAUACUAGUCCUGAAGGAGUAUCCCUGGGCCUGACCAGUCAAUAACUCUUUUAACAGUAUUUUAACAGGAAAUAUUAAUGGCUUCAAUUGUUUUGUAAAGAUUUAUUGCUGACUAACUGGAAGGCUGUCAGAAUAACAGACAUCACAGCAGGUUUAAUUGCAGAAGGAUGAAUUGCUGGAGAAUAUUGUUGAAUGGCUUGGAAUUUUGACUUUCUAUUCAUGGGUUAGAAAAUUGAAAUCCUAAACCAGUUAAAUCCGGUGAAUGGGCUACAGGCAAAUGUCACUGACCCCCUCCUUGGCAGCAGAAUUUCCCAAGGCUAUCUCAGAGAUGCUGGCACAGAGAUUGCCAAUCACUUGAAUUACAAAUGCACUAGAACUGUCUCAAUGCUAACCCUCUGAGGGCUCUGCACAGGAUUAACUGCACUAAGGCAAACUUCUGUCUCUGAGGGCUCUAGUGGCACGGUGACAGUGUCCCUAUCUCUACACCAGGAGGCUUAGGUUCAAGUCCUGUCUGCUCCAGAUUGUAAACAACAUCUCUGAGCUGGUUGGUUGGAAAAUAACCAAGCUCUAGCUGUGACACAGUGGUAGUGUCCAAAUCUCUGAGGCAGACAGUCUAACCUCAAGUCUUGAAGCAUUGGCUUGAAAUACCUAAACUUCGGACUUGUCUAAAAUGCCAAUCUCUUAGUCUCAUAAAGGUUAGUCUUAUUUAUUUAUUUAUUUAUUUGUGUGGGAUAGAAACAGGACCUCAGUCUGUCUAAUCCAUAUUGAGGAGAUGCCAGUAUUGGACUGGGGUGGAUACACUUGAAAAAAAAUCUCACAACACCAGCUUAUAGGCCAGAAGGUUUAUUUGGAAGUUCUAGCUUUCGGAGUGGGGCUCCUUCGUCAGGUAGCCCACUAGCUUCCUGAUGAAGGAGCCGUGUUCUGAAAGCUACUACUUCCUAAUAAACCUUCUGGACUACAACCUGAUGUGUGAUUUCUAACCAAUUUGUGUCACUGUUUUCUCCACAUGCCACCCCCAGCCUUUCCUGUGAAUUCUUCUUAGCAGGCCAGAGUGGAGAAUCUGAGAGAGGGGGAGUCUCUGCCUUUCAGGUCCACAAGCUGGAACCCCUAUAACAAAACGAGGAGAACUGAUGGAAUGGUGUUCUCCCUGCUCACACCAGCAGCAGGUCCCUGUCACAGAACAGUGGGAGAGCUUUGACAGAGAAAAUCAGCACGUUUUAAUUCCUGCAGCCCUGUUCAUGUAAGAAAUGUUCCAGUGCAUCCCAGGAGAGGGAAGGGAUCUUUGGCAAUGCUGAGAGAGUUGGGUACAGUUGCUGUGAAAAAUGGCCUUGUUUACAGAAUGCCAAGGAAUACAAGAAUGACAUUCCAGUGUAAGUUUUUUUACAUUCUCCGUAAAACAGUCUGUUGCCAUGGCAGUGAUUGUCAUCACUAGAUUAGAAGUUUGAAUGUUUAAUUAUCAGUAACCGUUUUCUCAAAGUUAGUUGUAUUUUCAAGCAAUAAGUUGAUAUUCUCACUCUAUCUGUUUCUUGUCUUAUAACAAUGCAUUGAUUAA